AUGGCCACUAAUGUAAAAGGGUCUUCGCGACCCAACAUCAUCUUCAUUAUGGCGGACGACCAUGCCUCAAAAGCCAUUUCCUGCUACGGCGCCGGGAUUAACAAGACGCCAAACAUCGAUCGGAUCGCCCACGAGGGCAUGCUCUUCGACCACUGCUAUGUCACAAACAGUAUCUGCACGCCAUCACGAGCAGCCAUUUUGACUGGCACGCACAACCAUGUAAACGGUGUCAUGUCCCUUCAUUCGAAAAUCCAGCGACACACUCCGAACGUCGCGAAACAGCUCAGAAGUGGUGGAUACAAAACCGCCAUGAUCGGAAAGUGGCAUCUGGGGGAAGGGAAAUUACAUGAGCCCACGGGCUUUGACUUUUGGUCCAUCCUGCCGGGCCAAGGCGAAUACCACGACCCCGAAUUCAUCGGUCCCGACGGUACUCGCGUCAUAGAAGGAUACGCGACGGACAUCAUAACAGAUAUGACUAUCGAUUUUAUCAAGCAGCGAGACCAAUCUGAGCCGUUUUUCAUCAUGUGCCACCACAAGGCACCGCAUCGGAGCUGGGACUACCACGAGAAGCACAAGGAUCUGUAUCAAGAUCCUAUCCGGCUACCUGACACCUUUUCGGAUGAAUACAAGAAUCGAGCGAAGGCUGCCGCCAUUGCCAAGAUGCGAGUUGCCGAAGACUUGACAUACAAGGACCUUGGUCUCGCGCAGCCCGACGGUGAUCGAAGAAAAGUCGGGGAGAAGGUGUCUAGUGGACAGCGGAAAAUUCCCGCCCCUUCCACGGACGAAGAAGUUCGAAUGAUGAAGCUCAUUGACAACGAGGAUGGCACUGUCUUCCGCUUUCAUAGCAAAGAGGAACUGGCCGAGUUCAAGUUCCAGCGUUACAUGCAACGCUAUCUCCGUACCGUUCAGAGCAUUGAUGACAAUGUCGGCCGAAUCUUCGAGCUGCUGGAUUCCGAUCCCCAAUUAGCAGAGAACACUAUUCUCGUCUAUACAUCGGAUCAAGGGUUCUUUCUUGGUGAGCAUGGAUGGUUUGACAAGCGGUUCAUUUACGAAGAAAGUUUCCAGAUGCCGUUGAUGGUUCGCUAUCCCAGGGAAAUCAGGGCUGGCUCGGUUUGCAGUGACAUUGUCUGCAACGUGGAUUUUGCGCCCACGUUUUUGGACUUUGCCGGUGUAACCACGCCGACUUGUAUGCAGGGUCAGACGUUUCGCUCAAUUCUACAGGGCAUCUGCCCCGCCGAUUGGGAUCAGCUGGCUUACCACCGGUACUGGAUGCAUAAUGAUGCUGAGCAUGAAGCGUAUGCCCACUAUGGAGUGCGAAAUCAUCGGUACAAAUUGAUUUAUUGGUACAAUGACGAUUUGCUCGUCGAUGGGGCCCGGCCAGGAGGUGAGGAUUGUCGGGAGUGGGAAUUGUUUGACUGUCAGGAGGAUCCGCUCGAGUUGUUUAAUUGCUAUUCAGAUCCGAAGUAUAAGGAUGUUGUGGUCGAAAUGACGAGGCUAUUAGAGAGGAAGAUGGCAGAAAUCGGGGAUGAAACGGCUCAUGAGAAACUUACAAUCCAAUAG